AGACGCGGCUCAUUCACAGUUUAGCGCCCGAGUCGAGCUAAAGAUCAACAACCGAUCGCAUAGAUUGACGCUACUUAUCUAACUCUUCUUGAGCACUUGGACAGGAUGCGACUAUUAAUAGGCGGCUUGGGCCUAAUGCUAUUGGGCAUGCCAUCGCUGGUCUUGAGUCAGACGGACAACAGAUGUUACACCCCCAAUGGCGAAUUGGGCAACUGCGUCCCAUUCCAGGAAUGCCAAUUCGUGCUGGAUGUACAGAACAGAUAUGGCCGCAAUGUGCCACGCUCGAUACAGAAUCAGAUCAGGCAAAUGGCUUGCAAUGUGGCCAAGCAGUCGACAAUCCAUUUGUGCUGCCUCAACACGUCUGGGAUUACUGCUCAGAGCGCUAGUAACGGCAACCGGGAUUCUGUGACGAAGCCGAAAGCCCCAUUGAGCACGCGCCAAACUAAUGCCAAUCUGCGACGCAUCGAUCCACGUGGCUUGGAGCUGCUCAACUCGAUUAAGGAUUGCGGCAAGAAGGCCAACACGAAGCUAAGCGGCGGAGAGGUAACUAAAAUCGGGGAGUUCCCUUGGAUUGUGCUGCUGAAGUAUGAGACCUUCGGACGACCUUUCCUUUGCGGCGGCAGCCUGAUCUCCGAUCGCUUUGUCCUAACCGCCGCGCACUGUGUGAGGGAGAGCGCUUUGCCUAUUGCAGUGCGCAUGGGCGAGCACAAUUUGGAUACGGAAGAGGACUGUCAGUUUCUGGGCGGACGGCGCAAGGAGUGCUUGCCACCCUACGAGGAGUAUGGCAUCGAGGAUAUACGCGUGCAUCCGAACUACGUUGAUAACAACAUCAACAAUGACAUCGCCCUGAUCAAACUGGAUCGUCCCGUUCAGUUCAAGUCCCACAUCAAGCCCAUCUGCCUGCCCAUUGAUAGUCAGUCGCAGGAUAUAGCAUACGAUCAGAGCUUCUUCAUUUCGGGCUGGGGUCGCACCCAGGACAACCGCCCAUCCUCAGUGCUGCUCAAGGCGGUGAUUAGGCGGGAGGACUUGAGCGUUUGUCGCAAUUACUAUCCCGGUGCUCCGGUUAACGAGAAUCACAUCUGCGCUGUUGGCGAUGGCAUCUUGCACACCUGCCGCGGCGACUCCGGCGGCCCGCUCUUCUUCCGCAACUCUUUCAAGAACACGGUGCGCUAUGUCCAGUACGGCAUCGUCUCCUAUGGCGGCUCGCGCUGCGGCAAGCGAGAGAACCAGCCAGGCGUCUUUGCCUCUGUCCUGAACAUGUUGCCCUGGAUCACACAGAAUGUAUAUUAAGGACACGCCUAUCCUGUGCCGUCUCCUAAACUCAUUAUUAUUUAUUCGUUAGCUUAGCUCUCAAUGCCAUUGCAAUAGUCACACUUUGAGAUUAUUGGUCGUAGCUGUUAGUCUUUUAAAAUAUAUAGAAAUAUAAUGCAGAAUGAAAAUGAAA